AUGUCUGGCUCUGAUACCUCAAGUACUCGUUCACCAUCGCAUACUCAAGCGCCAACACAAUCCAGGACCAAAAAGGCACCUCAUGAACUGUUGACUGAGGCCGAGAAGAAGGCUAAUCACAUAGCAUCGGAACAGAAACGUCGACAAAACAUCCGAAUUGGAUUUGAUUCUCUAGUCGAAAUUGUUCCCACGUUGAGUGAAUGCCAUCGCAGUGAAGCUCUCAUCCUCCAGAAAUCGGUGGACUAUAUCCAGCGACUUUUAAGUCAAAAGAACGAACUCAAAAACAGAGUGCGGAUCUUACAGGCGAACCUCGGAGAACCCACGGAUGACAAUGACUCUGUAAGUUGA